CGUGUAUUUACACACGUAUAUGGUAGUAUCUUUAUAUAUAUAUAUAUAUACAUCUCUUUCUCUCUCUCUCUCUUUCUCUCUUUCUCUCUCUCUCUCUCUCUCUCUCUUGACAACGACGUCCAACAGUUCCGCCCAGUGUAAAAGAGCGGAGAGAGAACACUUUUACUCGAGGAAAGAAGAAACGAAAGAAGAGAAAUUACGAGCUUUCCCGCGAUCAAGGCGCGUACGCGCUUUCGCCGAUGAUCAUCGCCGCCGCCGUUGUCGUCGUCGUCGUCGAGAGGAACUUCGAUCCAACGACGUGAAUUAACGAUAACAAAGAGAAGAGUAAGAAGAAGAUACAACCACCGCAAAGUUUCUACGGAGCACACCGUCCUGAACUUUGACGAGGAAAACAGAAGAGGAGGAAGGGACAAGUACUGAGAGAAGAACCGCUGCUGUUGCUGGCUGGAUUCGUGACACGGUCAAGUUGGAACGCGUCUUGUUUUCUCUCCUUUCGUCUUUGGGAAAAUAAAAAAGGAGAGAGGAUAAUCGAGGAAGAAAUAUAUAUAUAUAUGUAUAUAUAUACCGGGGAAGAAAGAAGAUAGAGGAUUAUAUACACAUACACAUACACACACACACACAUACACAUAUAUAUGUAUACACACAAAUAUAGUGGUGAAGAUCGGUGCUGAUUGUGUUUUGUGCUCUAACCAGUGUUGUUAACGACGAAAAAGGCGACGGCCCGUGCAAUGGCCGUUUCAAAUACUUCGACUCCUCUAUCUCGUUGAGAGAACUCUGUUUUCUCCUUUUUUUCCUCUCCUCUCCCUCUCUCUCUCUCUCUCUCUCUCUCUCUCUCUCUAUUUCUUUCUUUCUUUUCGUCCUCUCUGUUUUUCCGUUUCCGUUUCUCUCUCUCUCUCUCUCUCCUCUUCGCCCGUAGUUUUUGUGCCGCGAGUGGGUGCGCCGAUCGAAAAGUGUUGCUUCGAGAGAGAGUCAGCGCGCGCGCCACGCAAGUGUGCCCUUGGAAUAAGUGUCGAUCGAUGGGAAAAUAGUAAAGAGAAGGAAGGGAAAGAAAAAAAAAAUAAUAAAGAGGCUUUACUACUAACGCGUUUGGUUCGCGCGACGACAAUACGACUCGUGUGAAUAUAAUAAUAAAGGAAAUGAAUAAGUGAGAGUUAUAUUAUUGUCGGGUUUGAUAUUAAUAAUAUCAGUGUGCACAUCCUUUCUCCCCCCUUCAUUGUGGAUUAUUAUUUAUUGGAUUUACCGCACUGUCAACGAAGGAGAUACUAGACCAGAGAGGAUCGCCAAAAGGGAUUUUCUACGACAACUCGUGGAGAUUCACAGUUUAUAAUGCAGAGACAAAAUCGGAACGGCUUGGAGGUGGAGGUUGCGCCGAUGCGUCCUAUAAGCACGGCCGGCUAAUAGCCCGCAGCCCAUCCCCGACACCCUGCAGCCACACCAGGUAAUUCGCUUGAACCUAAAAGAGUUAUCGAGAUAAACCGGCACACUUAUUAUGCAUUCGUCAGGCUUUAUAGAUUAGCAGUCGGCGUGACAUGGAUGUGAGCUUCACGAACGUGUUGGAGGGGGCUCGUCAGUACUUCCAGGGACUGCCUGUACCCAGUGCAAGCGCGAUACCGUCGGAGGAUCACAAUCAUCCAACUUCGUCGACGAAUUCGGCCUCGUCGGCGUCCACGUCUCACGAUCAUGGCGUGGCUUCCUCUUCGGUGGCUCCGCCACCAGCACCGCCGUCCUCGGCGUCGACGCCGUCGGUGGUUAAUCAAGAAACACUGCGUUACUCCAGUGAUGUCGGUCAGUCGUCGUCAUCUACCGAAAACGGAAGCUCCAGUUCCGGUCCGUUUUGGAAUCCAUCGGUGGAGCCGUAUCCACCGCAACCAACUAGAGUGGAGGUACCGGAUACCAGGCCGGGAGACGAGAGUUCCGAACCGAGUUCCUCGUCUCCUGGUACAGUGGUUACCCUAACUGAAAUGCAGCCCUCCAAUCAUCGAUCCUCCGCGACAUCAAACUUUCAACAACAGCAACAACAACAACAACAACAACAACAACAACAAAAGCAAUCGUCCGUAUCUUCCGCGUCCACCGAUCAACACUCGUCCCAUCAGAUCAUAGCUACGACUACCUCGAGUUCACCUAGACUGCAUCAGAUGCAACCACCUCAAAGAGAUCAUUCUCCGGAACCUGUUUAUCAACAACUCAAUAAUAUCAGUAGAACGUCAUUUGCCACUGUCGAGAUUUUAGCGACGUCUCAUUCGACGUCUCAUCCGAAUUAUCAAAACGCAAACGAUCGACAGUCUCAAAGCGGUACGGCCAUUGUCCCUCAAAGAACUCAAUACUAUCCGAGAUAUCAUCAUCCGGACAUUACGAAGAGUGCGCCGGCGCCGUUCUCGCAAAAUUCCGUCUAUCAAUCUGCCAACGUGACGGUGACCACAGCUGGAAGCGUUCAACAGCCGGCUACGAGGCCUACGCCGGUCGAACAGAACAGUGUGCUGGUUCAUGGGCAAGAUCAGCAACGAGUGCCGAGCUCUUCUUACGGAUCCAGCGUGCAAACUCCGCCGUCGAGUGGAUCGACGAUUUACGGAUCGUCUCAGAAUUAUCGCGUAAGUGGGCAACUUCAGCAAACUCGGUCCGUUAAUCCUACGGCCGACGAACGAAUCAGGCCGGUUCAACAUGGUAUCGACGGAACGAGCGCGUCUUCAUCGUCCUCUUCCUCCUCCUCCUCCUCCUCCUCCACCAACUCUAACAACUCCUCUUCGGGGAACCCUUGUACUUCGGCAAAUCCACCUUGCAAUCCGCGUCAUGGAUCCAGUCACAUUCCUUCGUCGCCUCAGAAUCUUCCGGCGCACAUUCCUUCUCCGCAUCUUCCCUCCGCAGCUUCCUCCGUUCAUGGACAACACCCUCAGCAACAACAGCAACAGCAAGGCCAACAACAUCACACUCGAAUAAAUCCUUCCCCUCACUCGGCCAAUCCAAACGCCUACAACAACGCUCGCACAAUCCUCUCGCAAAGCGGGCCUUCGCCGUCCUCCUCGUCGUCUUCGUCGUCAAACCAUCCGCAACAGAUGAUACCUCCUACGGGCUUAAGCGGUUAUCAUCCAAUAGCUUCGCCCCACGAGCCACCUCGUCACGCUACCCCAUCGCCCCACAGACAAUCUCCUCACGUAUCGACGCUUCACAAUCCUCACGCCUCCUCUCCUCAUCCUACACCAUCGCCCCACGCCGCCUUCCAACCGCAUUCGCCGACUUACCCACCUCCUCCGCCACCGGCCAGGUCUACGCCGCACUCCUACAGCGUGCCGGCGACGUCUCAGCACUAUCAGAAUGCCGGAUACAACGCUAGUCCUUACGCGCCUCCACCUCAGUCUUCGUACCAUUCCUUUCAGAAGAGUCCGCAGCAGCCGCUGUCGCAGUCGCACGGGAGUUACUACUCUCAACCAAAUAGAUCUCACAGCCAAUCAUACGUCCAACCAACUCCUAUGGGUGCACCGCCUCAACCAAUUUGUCCCGGUGGAACGAAUAGUAGCAACGGUGGCUUAACCUAUCAGCAGAACAAAGCAGUAAUGUACAAUGGUGCCGACUCGAAAAGAAGUCCGGCGGAAAUAGUUGGGAGUUACGCUUCUUACCGAUCAUCCUCGACUAACGUGCAGAGAAGCAAUAACACGCACAAUCUGCCACCGAUCGCCGCCUUGUCCUCCUAUCAUUCCAACAAGAGAGAAACGGGAAAUAAAGUGCAAUCGAUUCAACGACGAGUGCAUUCUAUCGGUGCAACGAACAAAGUCCCUGUCGUGACACCACCGAGCUCGGUUAUGGUUCUUCCCCAAAGGAUUCCGGAAUACUCUUCGCUCCCUACGCCAUUGAACCACGCGAUACCGGUUAAUGGAAGAACAACUAGCUCGGUUAAUUCUACCUACGCUGGGAGAUACGCUAACCAGCAAAAUUAUCCGGCUUACGCGACCACCAUCGCGCCCAGCCAUCACGGUAGCAAUUCCUCGAGUAACACAUCGGUGACAUCCAUCGGUGCCACGGUUCGAUCUUCCGUUCCGGCUCCUCCGGUACACGCCUAUCAGUCUUCCGACACUACCGCUCAUUUGGGAUCCUAUCAUCACACUGUCAGAACUGCAGAGAGUUAUCCGUAUAAGGAACAAUCCUAUCAAAAUUCCUCGGCACCGAUGGUACCUGCUGUUCCAGGUACACCUUUACCGGCGCCAACGCCACCACAGACCAACGGAAUCAGGAAAAGAGAAUCUCCUCUCGAUCUUUCCGUGAAAACGGUAAAGACGUCUGCGGACUCGACGGCGCAGGACGAUCUCGAGGCUUCUUCGACGGACAAGCACGCGAGUAAUUUGAAUCUAAUGUCGCCGUCGACGAUGUCGAGGAGUAGCAACGGUUCCAGGAACAUGGCUCCACCGGCUAUUCAAUCCUUAGCACCACCACCCAUUGCUUCUUAUUCUAAUUACGAUGCUAGAGUCUCGACCCGUGGCGUCAGGAGUUCGUCCAUUCCUUCCGUAUGUCCUCGAACGUCGACACCGCAGACAGUUUGCGCGCCGAAGGUCGACUUCUUGCCGGAUUUCAAUUCGACCCCGCUCCGACAACAUCACGCUCCGCCGCACGAUAGUCCGAUCCGUAGAAAUACGGGUCAACAACUGUAUGGGCCGCCACCACCACCGCCUCAAGCGCCUUUGCCCUCGCAGUAUACGAACAACACUACUCCACUGCCUCAUAUGUCAACGUUCCAGAAGAGUUCACUGCCCGCAACGCCGGUAUACGACGGGAGUCCAGCACCACCACCACCGUCUUCGUCGACGUCUUCGUCGUCUUAUCUACCGGCCAACGAUUCCUCGAGGUCUUCUUCUAGAUAUCCCGUGGUAGAUCCCUCAAGGAUGGGCCCGACAACACUGCCCCUCCAAGAAUAUCCUUCCGAUCCCAGCAAGUAUUAUUUGGACACGAGGAACAAAUUCGGUUCGCCGACUCAGAAAGAUCAUCGUGGUACCAUCAAAAGAUCCGGUGAAACUGUUUACUCUGGAACUGCUCCAAACAAACAGCCUAGAUUGGAUACUUGGAGAAUAGCCAUCGACAAGCAGAUCGAGCAGAAACUCUCGACGGUCAGGUCGCCUCACGAGCAACAGAAAAGACAAGAAUUGAAUUUGCCCGUUGCCAUGCCGAAUGGUACAUUGAUAGCACCAAGUACUUACGAGCAGAGAUCGGACAAUGGUUAUUCGUCGUCGGAUUCUUUGAGGUAUCAACAAGCUUACUGUGAUAAAAGGAAUUACCCGGAGCCGAAGGUGGCACGUACCUCUCCUCCGUAUAAUCACCCACCUAUCUCGAAAGCAACGAACGUACACGCGUUACCGCAGCAAGUCAAUAGUCAGACAUCUUACUCGAAUUAUAGACAGAAUCAGAGAACGGCUUGCCCUCCGGUUAGUUCGAUGGCAGCUACGCCUACGGUCGAUCAACCGAGUAACACGGGCGCGGAUAAACGAGUUUUGAGCUUGUUGAGGAAUAGUCUUGAGAACAAACAGCAAAGGGAGGAACAAUUGAACAGUCAACAACCUAUUUUGGUGAAUCACAAUCAACAGAGUUUUCAAAACAAGGUCGUCGCCCCAGUGGAGCCUAAAACGAAUAUAGGGAGACACAAUUUAUCGCCGUUUACGGCGGCCAGUUUGUUGGAACGGAACAGCAACACUCCGCCACAUUACAAGUUCCAUGUGCCACGAGCCGUAGACUCGAUCACUCAAGAGGCCCCCCGUAGUAUGUACGCUUCGCGAGUAAAUUCAUCUGCCACGCUACCUGGCAAAGAAGCUCUCUUGGGACCUCGGGGAGCCGAGAAUCAAAUUCACCGUGACAAGGAUGACGGGCUUGCGGCCAUAUUGGCCGCGAAAAUCAGGACAAAGGCGGAACUCAAACAGGUCGGCACCGGACAGUUCUUGGCAAAACCCGUAGUUCCUUCUCAAGAUGUAUCUUCUACGCCAAAAGAACUCGAUAGCGCGGCCUCGACGUCAACUCCACAAUCCGGCUCGUCCGCGGGAAGCCCACCGAAAUUGACUCGCGAAAAAGCGGCCUGUCUACCACCGAGAAGACGUUUGUUCUCGAGAACGGAAGAAGAGAAUAUGCCGGUCGCUGCGACGACGGUACCCGUGUCAACCCCAACUCCAGCAGUUGCCUCAACGGUACCACCACGUGCCAGUGGUUUUAGAAGUUCCUCCGAGACCUCGGUCUUUGACUUCAGAGAGAGCGAUUCGGAGGGUGAGAUGCCGGUGUUGGAGCGUCAAACCCUCGAGGAAAUGAGAAGAGACAGGAAGCAGUUGUCGAAGGUUCAACCUCCUAUUCCCUUGAACGAUGCCAUGUGUAUGAACAUGGCUUCGUCCAUGGAUCUCGUGAAAAUCGAGCUUAAGGAGAACGACAAGAUCAACGAAGUCGAUCCAUUCUGGGCAGUAACCUGCGACAAGUUUAUGGAACAAUUGAGAGCCGGUGAUGUUGUGAAGAAACGUGGACGAAAAAAGAAACUCGAUGGAACCUCUUCGAAGAUGGAUGACACUGGUAACGAUAGUAGCAAGGAGUCCGACCUUAAUACUAACGACGCGACCGCUGACAUAAAGAUCAAAAUAGAGGACAUCAAAAAGGAGGUAGAAGACGUGGUAGAAGCGGUUGUCGAUGAAAAGGUCGAGACCGCGGAAACUAGCAAAGACGAUUUGAAAUCACCCGUUUCGAUAAAGAUACAGGUUGAAGAGAAGGUCGCAGUAGUUGAGGCAAAGGAAAAUGAUAGGAGAAAUUUCGGUGACGAUUCCGACGAAGUACCAUUGAUCAAGCGAGCAACGAAAAAGAAAUCGAAAAAGGAGGAUAGCGAUUGCGAGGAAGAAAUCGUUUGUAGAAAGAGAAGAGUCCGAAGGGGUAGUAGGAUCAAAUUGGCAUCGUCCAGUGGUAGCGAAUCGUCCAGCGAGGAAAGCGACGUUAGUACGGAAUACGGACAUGGUUCAUCGGUCGCUGACAGACUUCGUGCGAGGAAAAGGUCAGGGAAUAGCGGAGAAAAUGAGGGCAUGAAGUUACGUUCGAGAGAUACAACGCCGCAAAAGAAUAAGACGGAAAAGGAAAUGAAAUCGUCUACCUCUAAAACCGUACCUUCGUCUCGAAAAGUAAAACCCAAACCAUUGUUCGGUGAUGGUAGCGAUUUUAGGCCAGGCUGGGAGGAAGAGGUAUACGUUUAUAAAAAAUCAUUAAGAAUGCCAACCAGACUAAUCACCGUCUCGAAACCUUCGAGAUUUCAUAGGCUAUCGACGUCUCUUCCCGAUUUGGAUCCUGGCUCUCCAGCCUUAUCGGUCUCCAUGGAUAGUUCGGACGUUUGCUUAGGUAGAAAAAGACUCGUUGACAGCGACAUAGAGUCUGAAUAUAGUUUCAGUAUUACUGGGCUCGGUAGUAAGAUAGACGACGAAGAAGCUACUUCCUCGACGACGAUAUCUUGUCCUCCAAAGACAACGAUUGGAAAACAAACAAGAUUGGAAAACAAUUCUAUCGUAGACGUGCUCGCCCAAAAAGUUGGUACUGGUAAAAAGGAUUCGAAGAGGAAACAACAAAAGGAAAAGUCUGAAAAGGGAACGAAGAUCCUUCAAAAAGGAGGUAACAACGAACCUGAACUUCUUCCAACGCCGAGUCUUACUCCUCUUCUUGCUUCGGAAGCUCCUAAAACCCCGAAGGGCAAGUCCUCCUCUCCAAUAAAGAAUAAACCUUUAAAGCCGAUCAAAGUUUCGGAUUCAUUCCUUUUGGGAUAUUUCCGUAAAGAGACAGUUAAUAAUUUCCGCGAUACCUUUAAGAACAAUCACGCGAUACCGAACGAGUUUUCGACGUUCGUCUUGAACAGCAGAACGAGAACGGAAACGCGCGUUUUAAAGAAACAGACCACUAUCAGAGAAGUAUUUGGCGAGGAUAGACCAGCGUCCGCUCCGCCUAUGCAAAAUCAUGGCGACACUUCCCAAGACGAUGAUUCUCAAAACGAAGCUAUGGAAAAUACAUUAGGAAAGCCUCGUACGUUGAAGCAAAAGGUAGUGUCCCGAUUGAGAAACGCGGGUAUCCUAAGAAGUCAUAAGGCAAUCGUCAAUUCGAAAAGACAUUUACUUAUCGCUAAGAGAAGAAAGGAUCUUCUGAAGUCUUUGGCCGAGAAGAAGUUGAAGCGUGUUAAAAAGGAAACGGAAGUGGAAGUGUCGAAAGAAACGAACGAUACUCAGGAAGCUGAGAAUAACGAGAUAGAAGACGAGAAUAACGAGUCCGAGGUACCGAACAAAAAGAAGUUAAAACUUCGAACGGGUAGGCGGAAAUUCCGUUCUGGAUUCGACUAUGUUAGGAAGAAAAAGAGACCUUUGAAAAAGGAUGACGCAGCACCUAAGGAAAGAAAAAGACAGAUAUUGUCAAGACCGAGUCCAGAAUGUGUUGCUGAUAUUCAGUCAGAGAUCAGGACGUGGGUCAUUAAAAAGGGUGUUGGAGAAACUAUUUUACAUCGUGCCGCCAGACUCGGUCAUACGGAUGUGACAGCCUAUUGCUUAGAGAAACUCAACAGUGCACCUAGCCCAAAAGAUAACGCGGGUUAUACGCCACUCCAUGAGGCAUGCUCGAGAGGUCAUUUGGAAAUUGCCAAACUUUUGCUCGCUUAUGGCGCGAAUGCAAGCGAAAGUGCAAACGGAGGAAUAAGACCACUUCACGAGGCUGCCGAGAGCGGUUCAACGGAAUUGGUGCGAUUACUUUUAUCGUACGGUGCCGAUCCUCUACUAGCUACGUAUUCCGGACAAACACCAUUAAUGUUGGCGGUAGAAACUGAAGCUUACUCGAUUCUCGAACAACAUUUGGACGACAUUCAGGGUCAUAGCAGUACACCUUGGUCGUUCGGUGGACCUGCUUCGAUCUUUGACCCAGAAGAAACUGGAUAUAAUCCUUUGAGCGAUCCACCCAUGGAUAGUCCGGAGCCUGAACUCGAGGAAAUAGAAAUGGAGGUGAGCGACGUGAACCUACCGGUCUUAUUUUCUCUUACCAAUGAUUCGGACAAGUGGGUGCUCCUUCAAGAUUUAAUGGCGGCUCUCAGAAUAAAGAGUCGCGAUGCUCUCUUACGUCAAGUGAAUCCAAAGGCACAUACCGGACCACCGGCUAUUGCUCAUCGCGACGUCAUGAGAGAACUCAAGCUUCCUGAUUUCUUAGAACAGUCUCGAUGUUGUCAUUUGUUAAGCGGCGGCGAGAAGAUAAACGUGCGGGGAUCAAAGGUCACACUGAUUAAGUACAACGAGAGAGUUAAAUCAUUGUUAAACGUCGAAAAGGUGCUAAUAAGUCUCAGGUGACAUGAGCCACCGCUGAGGGGAAGGGAUUCUCCUCAGGAAAGACCAUCCACAUCCUUUUCUUCUUCUUUAUCUUCUUCUUCCUCUUCGUCCUCCUCCUCAUCCUCUUCCUCCUCCUCCUCCUCCUCUUUCUCCUCCUCCUCCUCCUCCUCCUCCUCU